AUGGUAGAUUUUCCAUCGAUGGAGCUCGCGUAUGGAGUAGAGAAGGGAAACCACUCCAAUGGACAGGAGUUUAUCCUCCUGGGAUUCCCCGGCAAUCAAUAUUUGCAGAUCUCUCUUUCUGUGGUGUUUACCACAACGUACAUCCUGACAAUCGCGGGAAACGUUGCCAUAAUAGCUCUGGUCAUGGUCUAUCCUCACCUCCAAAUGCCCAUGUACUUUUUCCUUUCCAACCUCUCCUUCCUGGAGAUCUGGUACACCACAGCCUGUGUCCCUAAAGCAAUUACCAUUUUCCUGGGGAAAAGCAGAACCAUUCCCUUUGUUAGCUGCAUCCUGCAGAUGUAUUUCAUUUUCGCCCUGGGCUGCACAGAAUUUUUCCUCUUGACUGCCAUGGCCUAUGACCGCUAUCUGGCCAUUUGCUACCCAUUGCGCUAUAGCACCAUUAUGAGCACCACCAGGUCCGCGCAGCUGGCCCUGGGCUCCUGGGUCUCUGGUUUUCUGAUUCUUUCUUUGCCAAUUUCACUAAUAUCUAAUAUGUCUUUCUGCGGCUCUAAUGUCAUCAACCAUUUCUACUGCAGCACCGAUUCCUUGGUCAUUCUCUCCUGCUCAGACACCUCUGCAUUUCAGUUGGCAGCUUUGACCAUAGCAAUCAUCGUCAUCCUGGGAUCAUUUUUGAUAACUGUGGUCUCCUACAUUUGCAUCAUCUCCACCAUCGUGAGGAUCCCGUCAGCCCAAGGCCGGCAAAAGGCCUUUUCCACAUGCUCUGCUCAUCUUAUUGUUGUGAUUAUGUGGUACGGCUCCAAUAUCUUCCUUUAUGUCAGGUAUUCCACAGAGAACUCUAUGGAGAUCAACAAGAUUGUCAACACUUUGAGCAUUAUCAUAACUCCAUUGUUAAACCCUUUCAUCUACACUCUGAGAAAUAAAGAAGUGAAGAAGGCUUUUUGGAAGGCAUUCAGUGGUACAUGA